UAAUAUAUAUUUUUAAUUUUUCGACUAAAUUUUCAAAUUUCAUUUAUUUAUUCAUUCAUUCAUUACAUACAUUUCCAGAUUAACAAUUACUUGUAACUAAUGCUUUUUUGUCUGAACUGUAGGGGUAAGAUUCGCUUGAAAAGUUUGUUUUUUGUCUUGAUAGUUUGUUUUUAAGAUGCCGUCUUAUAAAUUUCAUUAUUUCAACGUAAAAGGAAGAGGUGAGUCGACCAGGUUGCUCUUUGCUGCCGCUGGUGUGGCCUAUGAAGACUUACGUCACGGAGGUGAAAAAUGGAAAGAAGAAAUCAAACCAAAAAUGCCAUUUGGUCAGAUGCCUGUUCUUGAGGUUGACAAUCAGUUGUUUGCUGAAAGUGCUGCAAUCAAUCGUUACUUGGCUCGAAAGUUCAACAUGAUGGGAAAGACCGAUGAAGAGGCCGCUGUGGUCGAUAUGUUUUCGGAUCUCAUGUAUGACGUGUUAACGAAGUUACCACUGUUCGUGAAAGAUGAAAAACAAAAGGCUGAAGAACUACAAAAGGCAUUGGGUGGAAAGGUAAAGAUGGUCUACGAUAUUCUGGAAAAGCAAUUGGAUGGAAAAGACUACAUUACUGGAGAGAUGUCUUUGGCUGAUAUUGUGUUUCUCUACGUGACACCAAAUCUUCUUGCGAUGGCCCCAAACGCUCUUGCAUCUUACCCGAAGUCAACUGCCUUGUACAAAAGACUCACAGAACUACCAAAUAUUUCCAAGUGGUUGGCACAGCGACCUCAAACCGCCAUGUAAAUGUUUGCUUGAAUAAAAGAAAAACAAAUAUAU